GCCAAAGUUCAAAAAACAUCAGUUCAUCUCCAAGCAUAGAGAGCUUGUCUGGAGGACGUGAAUUUACAGGAUCUCCACCUUUGUCUGCAUCCAAAAAGGAUUCCUUUUUCAGUACAAUCUCCCGCUCCCGUUCCCAAAGCAAAACUAUGAGCAGAAAAGAAUCGGAGGAAGAAUUGGAGGCCCAGAUUUCAUUUCUACAAGGACAACUAAAUGACUUGGAAGCCAUGUGCAAAUAUUGCGCGAAGAUGAUGAACACACAUCUUGGAAAUAUUCAGGAAGUCAUAUUACAAGAACGCUUGGAAAAAGAAGAUGAAAUUCUGGUUUCUUUGGCUGGUUUGAAGCAGAUCAAGGAUAUCCUUAAAGGUUCAUUGCGUUUCAACCAGAGCCAGCUGGAAGCUGAGGAAAACGAGCAAAUCACUAUUGCCGAUGAUCAUUACUGUUCCAACAGUCAGAAUAAGGGGACAGGUGAUGUCCUAAAGGGGCCUGUUAUGACAAAGCAGCAGUUCAUUGCAGGACGACAGACUACGACUGAUUCGAGCACUAGUGAGAGCAAGAGUGCUGAUGACUAUAUCAUGGUUUCCAAAGAAGAGGAAGGAAGUAGAAACACUGUCCCUGAGCCAGCACAGCCUCUUCAGGCACACAAGGAGGCAACAGUGAAGCCAGAAGCUCCAUCUCGUUCUUCUUUGGUGUUCUCUGACCCGCUGAUGGGCUCCAUUUCAGCCUCCUCCAGCAACCUGAGCUCCAGCCCUGAUGACGACAGUAGUAAUAACAGUAAAGAUUCUGACUUUGCUAUUGUCAGCCCACUGGACAUCUAAAGAAACAGGCUGAGAGAGUUUGGGAGGUCGGUUGUUACAGCUCAGCUCAAAUUCCUGUGAUUCCACGGGCUGGAUAGUUCUUUGG